UUUGCUCCCUAGUAAAUUAGGAUAAAUUCUUUAUCCUGAGACACACUCCCUACUGAGUUUGUUUUUCCUCCUGGGAAUUCAGUUUGACAGCAUUCAGAUGUAGUCGCUCACUCUGGAAUUCCUUACACUUCUUUAAACUUUUUGCUCAGUUUUUUCUUUCUCUCUGAAGAGUAAUUGGCUUUAUCUUCCUCCUUGUCUAAUUAUUCUCUUUAUUCUUCAACAAACAACCUUGUUUGAUGACUAUCUUGCAGUUCCUAGUUAUUCCCAUACCUGAGAACUGCCACUACUCAGAACUACCCAUUCCCUUUAAGAGAUUGGGCUUGGUGUCCCCUCAACAUCAACCUUUCGUCACCAGACCGUCUCCAGUUACCUAACUCCAUGCUCUUUUUAUCUAGCUUUCCCGUUUUUGAUCCUCGGUGUGUCAUUUCCACUUUUGCUCGUUCUUUUUCAACUGGAAACCCUCUGAAUCACAGAAAAAGGGAUUGUAGAGAGUCAACCUGCAGGGCCAGGUUCUGGAGUCAGGAGAUGGGUUUGAUGCUAGACUUUGUUCCUUAGUGUCUCGGCUACCUCAGCCCACGCGCGUAGUCAACCUCUCUGCGCCUCGGUUUCAAUUGUGCCAUUUAUUGAACAUCAACUCUUUGCAAGGCGCCUUGCUGGGCACCAAAGACAGGAAAAAAGUCUGUUCCCUGGAAUCAUACAUUUUGCUGGCAGAAUGAGAGAGAAUCUCUAAGCCCUAACCUUGUGAUUUUAAAGGCUUCCGAUGCCCUGCUCUGUGGAUAGGAAUCUAGACUUUAUUUCAAGAAUAACACAAUAUUGACACAAUCGUCAGCUCCCUAGCCCACCCAGACAAAGACUUCACAAGGCACCCCGCCCCUUACUGCUCCCGUUACUGAUAGGGCCAAUCAGAGCCCCCAAAGUCGAGGAAUAGAAGGCGGGUUGACCUAUAAGAAGGUUGGAUGGGGGGGCGGGGGGCGCAGGGAUUUUGAGGGUUAUAAGACCAAUGAAAGGUUGGGUCUCUGAGAAUGGGCAAGAAAGGUAGCCAAUAAAAAAUCCGAAAUUAGAAUGGGAGGGUAAAUUCGCCAAUGGAAGUUGUGAGGCGGGGCCAGGUCUAGCGAGCAGCCUAUGGAUUUGACCGUGAGUCUUUCCCUACCCUCGCUACCACCCCGCCCCCUCCUUCCUCCUUUCAGGUAGGCUGCGGAGAGCCGGGCUGGCAACCUGUGUGCCGGGGCCGGGGAGCGCGCUGUGCCUCCCGCCCGCCGCCCGGCCUAGGACGGCCCCCGCCUCGAGCAGCCUCAUGGCGGGCGCCGCCGUGCUUCUCCUCACCCUGGUGGCCGCGGCGGCCGCGUCUAGAGAUACCCCGCCCAGGAAAAUCGCGGUUGUAGGAGCUGGAAUUGGGGGCUCAGCAGCAGCCCAUUUCCUUCAGCAGCUUUUUGGGCCACGAGUACAGAUUGAUGUGUAUGAGAAGGGGACUGUUGGAGGCCGAUUGGCUACCAUCACUGUCAACAAACAGCAAUAUGAAAGUGGUGGUGCCUCAUUCAAUUCCUUCAGCUUGCAUAUGCAGGAUUUUGUCAAACUCCUAGGUUUGAAACAAAGGCGGGAGGUGGCAGGGAAGAGUGCCAUCUUUGGUGGUGAACAACUUAUUCUGGAAGAGACGGAUUGGUACCUGCUAAACCUUUUCCGAGUCUGGUGGCAUUAUGGCAUUAGCUUCCUGAGGCUGCAGAUGUGGGUAGAGGAAGUCAUGGAAAAGUUUAUGAGAAUAUAUAAGUAUCAGGCCCAUGGCUAUGCCUUUUCAGGAGUGGAGGAGCUGCUGUACUCAGUGGGUGAAUAUACCUUUAUCAACAUGACCCAGCGUUCUGUGGCAGAAUGUCUGCUAGAAGUGGGAGUUACCCAGCGCUUCAUUGAUGAGGUGAUCACAGCUCUGCUGCGUGCCAGUUAUGGGCAGUCUGCAACAAUGGCAGCCUUUGCAGGAGCCAUGUCACUUGCUGGAAUACAGGGAAACCUGUGGGCUGUGGAAGGGGGCAAUAAGCUAGUAUGUUCAGGCUUGCUGAAGUUGACUAAAGCCAAUGUGAUACAUGCAAGAGUGACCUCUGUAGCCUUGCACAACACAGAAGGAAGAGCCCUUUAUCAGGUGUGGUAUGAGAAGGAAGAUAAAAUGCAUUCAGACUUCUAUGAUAUUGUAGUCAUUGCUACUCCCCUCUAUGUGGGCAGUAAUAGCAACAUCACCUUUGAUGGAUUUCAGCCUCCUUUUGAAGAGUUUGUUGGUUCCUUUCAAUCCACUGUCACCUCACUGGUCCAUGGCUACCUUAACUCUUCCUACUUUGGCUUUCCUGACCCUAAGCUUUUCCCUUUUGCCAGCAUUCUUUCUACAGAUGCCCCCAACCUCUUCUUCUGUGCCCUGGACAACAUGUGCCCUGUCAACAUUUCAUCUACCUUCCGAAGGAAACAGCCACAGGAAGCAGCUAUUUGGCGAGUCCUGUCUCCCCAACCCCUAGAACGUCCCCAGCUAAAGAGCCUUUUCCGUUCCUAUUACUCAGUUCAGACAGCCCAAUGGCAGGCCUAUCCACAGUAUGGUUCCCGUAUGGCUACACCACUGUUUGCCCUCCAUGACCAGCUCUUCUACCUCAAUGCCCUAGAAUGGGUAGCCAGUUCUGUGGAAAUAAGUGCUGUGGCAGCUAAAAAUGUGGCCCUUUUGGCCUACAACCGCUGGUACCAAGACCUGGAUAAGAUUGAUCAGAAAGACUUGAUACACAAAAUUAAGACUGAACUGUGAGACUUGUUAGAAGAAAGGGAGAUGGAUAGGAGUCUAUGGAACUUCAUUCGUUCAUCUAACAAACUUUGAUAAAGCACUUGCUUCAUGUGGAAUACUAUAUUCUAGAGGCUUAAUGUGAUACAGAUGUGGAUAAAACAGGGCUUUGGCCCUUCUGGAGCUUAAAGUAUCCUGUAAUGAUGGUUGUUGAUUCUAAAUCAGUGAUAGCUUCUAAAGCAUUGGGAAACCCACGUCCCAUGCACUUGAUGUCUUGUGUGACCCUUUCUCUCUCUUCUAUGUCAGACCUUUCUGCUUGCCUUUCAUGGAUUUUGGGGGGUAGUUGCCUUCGGGGGAAGGAGAGGCAAAAUCACACCUCUUUUAUUUAUUUAAUUUUAAAUAAAAAUCAGUCUUCUAAAUCUGG